CUGAUUUCGCGCCAAAUCCCGCAGUGCGCGCACGAGGCUUUGGGCAGCCGCUGGAGGAGACAUUUUGAAAGAUGUCCGGUGAUGCUAUUGGUCGGCUCUGGCCCCACCCGGAUUAGGUCACGGGCCGACGCGUUCCCAUUGGCCCGCCCCGUACUCCACCCCCCUGUGACUAACGGUUGCGCCUGGGUGACGAAGUAGCAGCGCGAGCGCAGCGAACGACGCCCGGAUUGCACCGAGUCUCACCCGUCACACCCGCCGCUGGUCCUGGACCAUGGUGAGCGCCCCAGGGCGUGUGAUCUGCACCGCCUGUUGACCCGCACACCCCGCGAUCAUGAGCUUAACGGAAAUCCGCCAGAAGCUGCUCUUCUCCCCCAGCGACUGCGAGGAGGAGGACGGCAACAGCACGGGCGAGGACUCGGCCUUCCAGGAGUCCGACUCCCCCAGCUGCCGGCCGCAGCAUGAGAGCCCCGGGAUCCGGCCCUGGGAGGAAGAGGAGGACGAGGAGGGGAUCGGCCCCUCUCCAGCCCGAUCACCCGGAGACUACCGGAGACAGCAGCGGGAGGGCUCCAGCUCCCCGAUCCCCGACUGCCCGGGCACCCCGCCCCACAAGACCUUCCGCAAGCUGCGGCUCUUCGACACCCCGCACACCCCCAAGAGUUUAUUGUCCAAAGCUCGUGGAAUUGGUUCCAGUGGACUAAAGAACAGAGGAGUCUCUCUGUUUCGGGAUGUGGAGAUAAUCGAGAAGCCGGAGUAUGUGUACCGAGCACCCCAAGUAAAUAUUAACCCUUUCACCCCAGUUUCUGUGGAUCUACAGGACUCCACUGGGGGUUGUCGGAGGAGAAAAAGGACGCACUGGAAUAAUUCCUAUGGUGAAGAGAUGGAAGGCAGCGAUGGUGAAUUAGAAGAUGAAAGCAUCAGACCUGCUAAGAGAAUUACCAUAACGGAGAGCAACAUGAAAUCCCGAUACGCCAUAGAGUUCCAUGAACUGGAGAAGAUUGGUUCCGGGGAGUUUGGCGCGGUGUAUAAGUGCGUCAAGAGGCUCGAUGGCUGCAUCUAUGCUAUUAAACGGUCGAAGAAGCCUCUUGCCGGCUCAGUUGACGAGCAGAAUGCAUUACGGGAAGUGUAUGCCCACGCUGUACUGGGGCAGCACCCUCACGUAGUACGCUACUACUCAGCCUGGGCAGAAGAUGACCACAUGCUUAUUCAGAAUGAAUAUUGCAAUGGUGGCAGCUUGGCAGACGCCAUCAGUGAUAAUUACCGUGCCAUGCGCUACUUCACAGAGCCGGAACUAAAGGACCUGCUUCUACAGGUGGCCCGCGGGCUCAAGUACAUUCACACCAUGUCCCUGGUGCACAUGGAUAUAAAACCAAGCAACAUUUUUAUAUCUCGGGCAUUGGUUCCCAGCACAAUGGUAGAAGAAGUUGACGAUGAGGAUUGCUGUCCUCGAAGAGUGACGUUUAAGAUAGGUGAUCUAGGUCAUGUGACCAGGACGACCAGUCCGCAGGUAGAAGAAGGCGAUAGUCGUUUUUUGGCCAACGAAGUUUUACAAGAGGAUUACUCUCAGUUGGCGAAAGCGGACAUAUUUGCCCUCGCGCUGACUGUCUGGUGUGCAGCUGGCACUGAGCCGCUCCCAUCCAAUGGUGACCAGUGGCAUGAAAUUCGCCAAGGGAAGCUGCCAACCGUGCCUCAGUUACUGUCCCAGGAAUUUGUGGAUCUCAUAAAGGUGAUGAUCUGCCCAGAUCCGGAGAAAAGGCCGUCCUCCACCGCCCUUGUCAAACACUCCGUGCUCCUCUCCGCUUCCCGAAAGAGCGCAGAGCAACUGCGGAUAGAACUCAAUGCCGAGAAGUUUAAGAAUGCCCUUCUACAGAAGGAAUUAAAGAAAGCACAGAUAGCGAAAGCCGCUGCAGAAGAGCGCGCUCUGUUCCCUGACAGGAUGACGACACGAUCAACUGCGCAGAGUAACAGAGCUACCCGUCUCAUAGGAAAGAAAAUGAACCGCUCUGUCAGCCUCACUAUAUAUUAGUGUGUAUAUGGACUGUUGACCUGCUUUCUAGUGUAGAUAUAAAUGGACACGGCUGUAAUCUGGGGCAUUUUUGCUGAUUUUUAAGUUUUAUUUUUAAUAAGCUUCUAUAUCGUCCUGAAUGAUGGUUCAGCUCACUUGCUCCGUGGCCUUGGUGUAUUAUUGGCUUAAUCCAAUAUAACCCGGACAGCAUUCGUUCUUCAUACCCCAGGGUCCAAUUUGGCACCAGAAAAAGCCUGUUGUGUUCCGGCCUAUGGUUGCGAUGCCACACGUCUGGCAUUCCAAAGGUUAAGAUAGUGUUUCCGGUCCAUCUAGGACCAGAUUUGUAGCCUCUAUAGGGGUAAGGUUCUGAUUUGAAAUCAAGUUAAAUAGAGAGUUGUUAGAUUAAUGGAAGUUGGCUCUGUUCGCACCAUGGUGCGCCAAAAAGCAGCGCCCUGCUCCAUAUAAUGUGACUCUUCCUAAUAUUACUGUAGUAGUUUGCCGUUCCUUUAGUUGAAAUUCAACGGAUUGUACUAAUACGGUGUUUCCUUUUUGUAAAUGUGUAUUAUAUUCUGGCUUUGUGGCAAGUUACAGUGUAUAGAACAUUGGAAGAGUAGAGGGGGAGGGGAACGUGGCGCCAGCAAAUGUUUGACUUGUACCCCGGUACAGUUUUUAUUGUAAUUUUAUUUUAUUUUUUUCUUUGUAUAUACAACUUUGAGCACUUUCUCAGCACCAGGUGAAUGGGUGGAAAAUUCCAUAUAUUUACCAUGUGACAUUUGCUGCUAUUAGUUUUUGUCUUUUUUUAUUUUUUUUUUUUUUUCCCUUCUUCUUUUUUUGUUUUCCUGUAAAUAAAAAAAAUAAAAAAUUAAUUUGUAGCAUUAAACAAUCAUCGUUAGUCGCACCAUGCUAGUGAGACAUGCCCCGAGUUUGGAUGAGUUAGCGGCCUGACCCCGUAGGCAUGACCUUUUUCAUCACGUCCCAGGCACCUUCUCUUUUUGUUCUGUUUUAUAUAUGCCGGAGAUGUUGUAGUCUUCUUUCCUGUGUGUGCUCUGUACAAUAUUGAAUGUGUUUUUUUUUUUUGUUUGUUUUUGUUUUACAUAAAACUUUCCAAAUGCCAAAAGUGUAAGAGACAUAUAGUCCUGGAAUUGCUCCAAGCAUUGAUCAGUUUGCAUACAUGAUAUGCAGCCCACUCCGUCAUAUAAGAAGUAUGUGCACCACGGUUGCACUGUGGCGUCCUGUGCUCUAUUUGACCCUCCAGCUCCUGUAUAAUGAACCCUAUGAUUUGGCUAUUAUAUCACUAAACACCUGUUCUGCUUUCAAGUGUGUUAAGCCUGGAGAAAGGAUAAAGCAGUGAUAGGUGCAAUGUGACAAAGCACCAGCCAAUCAUCUCCUGUCAAUUUACAUAUUGGAGCUGAUUGGCUGGUGUGUUAUCACCUUGCACUUAUCACUUCUCCAGGCUUAAUACAUCUGCCCCCUAGUUCUGUACCCCCCCCAUACAGAUAACUGAACUGUGUCCAGUUAUAACUGAAGGCUUCAGCUGAAUCUCCCCCUGAAUCAAUUGUUAGUACAUUAUGCGGCGAUCAUUACAACUGGAUGAUGUGGCUCGUUGUAUAUAAACUAUAGUAAAGUGAUGUGGCUCAUUGUAUAUAAACUAUAGUAAAGUGAAGGGUAUGUUUAUCCAUUGUUGUCCAUUUUCCAUUCUGCUGCUAAUGAUCCACAGUGACGUUACGCAGUGUCCUCUAUUGAUGCGCAGUUCUGGAUUGCGAGGGAAUAUUCAUCCCCCGACCGUACAUGUUCCUGGAAUGUCACCAGCGUCUUUGUCACAUUGUAUUGAAGCAAUGAGGCUUCUUGUAAGAUUAUGUAAAUUCACCAUCGGCCUUGUGAUUUAAUGUCUCGUCCUCUAAGUUUGUCUCCCAUCAGCUCCGCUCGCCUCUCUCCCAGAAGUAGUGUUAGUGAAUUGUGAAUAUUUUCAAUUAAAACCGUUUAUUUUCUGCC